CCGCCGUGUAAAUGCUUAAAACGAAAAAGUCAAAAGCUCCUUAUUAUCCCCAUUAUUCCAAGCAAACCAAACUUUAACAUCUCACCUUCCUCAACUCAUCCAUUUCACCUUUCCUCUACCAAAAACCCAUCCAUCUAUACCCAUGUUUUCUCCUAGUUUUCUCUUCUAAUCUAUGGCUUUAUCUCAUAGAAAACUCUUCAAAGAUCCAUUCUUUGUUCCCACAACACAACAGCUAUGUCAACCAUAUUGUGAUGCUAUAAUAAAUCCCAGGGGAAUCUGCCCCCCUGACUGUUUCUCUGUUUGCAAUUUGUCUUGUAAGAUAUCUUUGCCAGAGCCUGAUGCUCUGUUUUCUUCACCACCACCGCCGCCGCCGCCUCAAGGAUCAUUCAGCCACCACCAGCUGCUGGUUUCAACGAGGUCUUUAGUUUUUAUUGUUGGGCUUGUCACAUUGUUUGCUAUAGUUUUGUGUUUUGUGAUGUACAAGUGUUACAGAGUGUAUGGAAACAGAGUAAGGUCAAGAAGAGUGAGGAGAGAGAUGAGGGUGCAAACAGAGGAUGCCCAUCAAGAGUUUCUUGAUGAGGAUCAUGGGUUUGUGUUGGAUCAUCCUAUUUGGUAUAUAAGAACUGUUGGGUUGCAGCCAUCUGUGAUUAGUGCGAUUACAAUUUGUAAAUAUAAGAAAGGGGAAGGUUUGGUUGAAGGAACAGAGUGCUCUGUUUGCUUGAGUGAGUUUCAGGAGAAUGAGACUUUGAGAUUGUUGCCUAAAUGUAAUCAUGCUUUUCAUAUUCCUUGUAUUGAUACUUGGCUUAGGUCACAUACUAAUUGUCCGCUUUGUCGUGCUGGGAUUGUGAGUAGUGUGGCGGUUUUGCCUGCUCAGGAACAGAGGAUUGAAGAGGAGAAUGUUUUGGAGGAUGCCCGAGUGGGAUUGGUUGACAAUGGAAGUGAAAGUGAAAGGGGGGAAUUAGAAUUGAGAGGAUGCUUAAGGGUAGAAGGCGAACCGCGGGUAGAAAGCGAAAGAAAGGGUGAUUUGGGAAAUCUUGAUCAGUUGGAGGUGAAUGAAGUGAUUCAACCAACAAGAAGAUCAGUUUCUAUGGAUUUUUCAUCAGUAAAUUCUGGUGGAUUAGGGUUUGCUGUAAAGAAUGUUGUCGAUGCUAAUGAGGGAAAAUUGGUGGGCAGUUCUUCAACAGAAAAGGCUGAGGGAAAAGAACCAUCUUUGAUGCAAAGAUCGUUUUCUUAUAGCGGGAAAGUUUUGUUGUCAAGGCACAAUAACAGCCAGAGCAGGAGCUGAAUUUGCCUUCUUGCAGCAUAUGCUUACCAUAUACACACAUAUAUACAAGUGAGUCAUCUUUAAACUGAGAUGUCUGUAAACAGUCUCAAGAAGUUGAGAUUUUUCGUAGGUUUUAGAAUGAAUAAGUUAAACACUGGUUGUUAACAAUUAUGUACCCUCUUCGUCCGGAAAAAAGGAGCCUUUUUAACAUUUCUAUUUUAGAUGGCACUUAAAUUAUUCGGACAAAGGCUGUACAUACAUGUAAGUGAUCACGAAGUGAAGUAUUAUAUAUGCUGAAGAAAUCAUGUUCUGAUGUGUUUGCAUA